ACAACACUGUAUAACUUAACCCACAGCUGCAUUGCUUCAGGCUGUAAGGUGAAAACCCGUCAAGGCUGAUUAUUCAUGUCUUGACAAGCCAAUGUAUCCCAACGACGAUAUCAAACUUUAAAGGCCAGGCUAGACAUUUUUACUUGAUUACGUCAGGUUUUCAUCCUACUUAUUUUUUUAAUUGGCAAUUAAUCACCCCUUUUUGGUAAGAUACUUUUUCAAAUUGAGUUAACCACACUAAAAGGGUCGGUGGCCCCUGGAGAAUGGGAUGACAAUGCAAGCAAUACAAAAAUACGCGUUCAAUAAUGUUUUUUUUUUGUGGUUAGUGAUUUGAUCUAAUCCCUCACGACUGAUUUUAAUAUUAAUGGAAAGCUCUUGCAGACAGCAGUGCUAAGUGAAUGAUGAGCAAUGAGGGAAUCAAUCGGUGUGCAUGGCGAAGGGAAAAAAACUGACCACUGCCCGUUACCAAUAUGACCUUACACCAGAGUCGAACCAGUGAAUAUCACAGGACCUCUUCCAGCGAAUUGACCCUUCGACUUCAGCUUUUUUGUUUGUUUGUUUUGUUUUCAUGACUUGAAUGCAGGUGCGGGUCGAUCGCAUGACGCACGCACACAGACAGACAGGCACGCGCAUGCGCAAAGAACGGUGCCUUCCCCGCAAGCUAGUGAGUUAUCGUUUCAUUUAGAAAUUAAAUUGAAGGGAUAAAAUGUGUGAAGGUGCUGGACCGAGUAAAAAGAGGAAAACGUACUACUUCCAUACGGAAUGGGAGGAGGAGUAUUUUUUUACGAUGUCAUUUUCAAAGUGCGUUUGCCUCAUCUGCCUGUCCAACAUCGCUAUUCCGAAAAAGGGAAACGUGGAGCGGCAUUUUCGGACUGUGCAUAAAAACUACAACAUUGACUUCCCUCCCAAAAGUGAUGUGAGAAGGAAAAAGUUAGCCGAAUUAAAAUCUCAAUUGUCCGGGCAGCAAUCAUUUUCUAUGCAGCCACCUUCGAAAACAAAGGCAGCCACAGAAGCAUCAUUCCGGCCCCAAAAGAAGCUGAUCAACUCUGCAGAGGACUGCGUUGACGAGGCUCUCUGCGGCCUGGUCAGGGCCUCCAGCGGCCUGUCUCUGCUGCGGGGCCACCGGGUUGUGCUGCGCUCGGACCUGGACCAAAUCAGAGGCAAAGUGGCCCUUUUGUCAGGAGGAGGGUCGGGACAUGAGCCUGCGCACGGGGGUUACGUGGGUGCUGGUAUGCUGUCAGCAGCAGUGGCGGGGGCCGUGUUUGCAUCUCCGCCUCCCGCCAGCAUCUUGGCUGCCAUUCUUUGCCUGCACAGCGCAGGAGCAUCUGGGGUCCUUCUCAUUGUAAAGAACUACACGGGAGACCGCCUCAACUUCGGGCUGGCUGCGGAGCAGGCACGCAACCGCGGCGUGGAUGUCGACAUGGUGGUCGUCGCUGACGACUGCGCUUUCACCUGCCCCAGUAAGGCCGGGAAGAGGGGCUUGUGCGGCACUAUUCUCAUUCACAAGCUGGCAGGUGCUUUAGCAGACGAAGGCUGCUCAUUGGUCCAUGUGGUUGCCAAGGUGACGGAGGUUUUGCAGGGCGUAGGUACACUGGGAGUCAGCCUGUCUCCGUGCAGCGUUCCAGGCUGUCGCCCGUCUUUUGAGCUUCCUCCAGGAGACAUGGAGCUCGGCCUGGGAAUCCAUGGGGAGCCCGGCGUGAAAAGAUCCAAGGUGGCAAAGGCAGACGAGGUGGUGUCAGCCAUGAUUGAUCACAUGACCAACGCAAAGAGUCAGUCGUGCUUGCACCUGAGCAAGGGUGACGCGCUCGUCGUCUGUGUGAACAAUCUCGGAGCGCUGUCACGACUGGAAAUGGCCGUGGUGACUCGGGCUGCCAUCACAUGCCUGGAAAAUCGUGGGAUGCAGGUCGCCAGGGUGAUGUCCGGAUCCUUCAUGACGUCAUUGGAGAUGGCUGGAAUGUCACUGACUUUGCUGAGGGCCUGCCCGGAAAUACUGAGACUCUUUGAUGCCAAGACCGGCGCCCCCGCCUGGCCCAACCUCAGUACCGGGUGUACUAGCGGCCGCGGCUACCUCACUGACCCGACCGCAGUGACUGCAGGGGCGCAUGACGACGUGUUGACUGAAGGACCCCAAAGUCCUGCGAUGCGCAAGGUUUUGGAGAAGGUGUGUUCUACACUGUUGGAAUACCAGGAUGAGCUCAACGCGUUGGACCGUGCUUCUGGGGAUGGCGACUGCGGAAAUACUCACGCGCAGGCUGCCAAAGUUAAGGCUUGCAGCGCCCUUGGGGUCGGGGUCCCCCCCCCCCCCCCCCCCAAUUUGAGAACCACAACUGCAGCACAUUGACAAAAAUUGCUCCCUCAGC